AUGAUAGCUAGUUAUGUUUGUUUUACCCUUUUAGUUAUUGCCUCGGUGAGAUCAUUGAGUCAAGACACUCCUGCUAGCAAAGGCACUAGAUCCAAUCAAUUUUAUAUUGCCCAAUUAGAGUUGACGGGAAUCUCAAUAAGAUAUUGGCCACCAGCUCAAGGAUCCACCCCGCUUAUUGCCUCGGUGAGAUCGUUGAGACAAGAUACUCCUGCUAGGAAAGGCACUAGACCCAAUCAAUUUUAUAGUGCCCAAUUAGAGUUCACGGGAAUCUCAAUAAGAUAUUGGCUACCAGCUGAAGAAUCCACCCUGCGUAUAAGUUUAAUUCGUGCGAACAGCACUGACAUGGACCCUCCCACCAGGACAUGUGACAACUACGACAAGAAUGGUGCUUGUCCUUAUGGGAUAACAUGUAGGGACUCUCAUAAUUACUGCAAGUCCACACUUCCUAGACUUGCAAAGCAAAUGGAUAUGGUUGUUAGCAUUCUUUCAUCUGUAGAAGACAAGCUAAGCCAUAUAGCUAUCAAGACCAAGUCAAAAGGCACAAGGUCCCGCUCUAGGACCAGGAUAUCUCAAGACAUGGCAAAGACCAGGAGUCAAGGCAAUCAAGUAGGAAGAGGGAGAGGUCGGGCUAAGGCUUCAACACCAGGUUCCCCAACACAACCUGGAGUAUCUAGUGUUGUUCAAAGAGGUGAAAAGAAGAAAAAAGAUAAUCGUGGUAAGCCUAAAAAACAUUUCAAAAUUUCCGAUAUUCAGAGGCACAUAGCACAAAGCCACAUAAAAAAAAUCCCCAAGUACAGAUCCCAUUAUCGUCGUCAGCAAACGGAUCGAGAAUACCUGCCUACCGAUAUGACCAUAGAAUCCAUGUAUACUUUAUAUAAAUCAGAGAUUAACCAUAAUCGAGACCAUAAUCCUAAGAAACUAUACUUAACAGAUUUGCACUUAUGGUCGGAUUCUUGUGGUGGACAGAACCGUAAUGUAAAACUUUGCCUAAUACUAAAACACAUUUUGAAUCAAUCUCCAAGUUUACAAAAUAUCUACAUGAAAUUCCUUGUAUUAGAACAUAGUUUUUUGCCAAACGAUUAUGAUUUUGUCGAUAUUGAAAAGGCAUUAAAAUAUCAGCAAAGACUGUAUACGCCAAGAGAUUAUAUCAAUGUGAUGAAGAGUUCCAGAGCGAAGAAUUCUUUUAUAAUACAUAAAAUGUGUAAAGAGGAUUUUAUCUCAUCUGAAGUAUUGGAAAAAAGUAUAGUGAAUAGAAAAAAAGAUACUAUUGAAAUAAUUGUACGUAUAAAGUCAGACAUUGGUAUUAAUUCUGAUUCUAUUGGUACUCUACCUCCCAACACUCCUGUUGAAGCUGAAGAAGGAAUAAGUCAUAUUCCAUAUAGAAGAAUUUUAACCUCAAGAAAACGACAAAGAAACUAUUCUCUGAUAAACGAAGAAGAAGAAGAAUUAGAAGGAACAGAAAAAGUAGGAGAAAAUAGUAAAUACACAGGAAUACAUCAUCAACAAGAACAAGAAUCAACUAGAAUAGAAAUACCAGAACAAAGACAAGAACAAGAAGCAAUCAAAAAUUGA